AAAAGUUCCACAUAAGCGGUAUCAGACUGACAACACUGCCGAAUACGUGGCCCCGAAGUUCUGUGAUUAGUGGGACUUGUUUAUAUUUUUUAUUGUGUAAAUUCUAUAAAAAUCUCCUCGGAAGCCGAUAUUCGGCACCCAAGUACAAUGAUGAAUCCACAAUAUCCACCGCCCGGACAGAACAAUAACGCACCCAACAACCCCAUGUUUCCCCCAACCUCUCAAGAUUACAAUGGAGUCCAAAAUGCAAACAUCUACAACCAGAUGCCACCAAAUGGACCCCAGAUGCAACAGAAGGGAUUUGACCCACUGGAUAUGUCGCAGAAGAUGCAGAACAUGAACUUGAAUGGACCUCAAGGUUUUCAGUCCAUCCCAUCCACUCAGUUACCCCCUGGUCAAGCUCCACCAGGCCAGUUUCCCCCUGGGAACUUCCCACCAUCAUCAAACUAUGGUCCAGGACAAAUUCCGCCUAGCCAAGCACCCCCUGGAAUGCCUGGUAGACCUCCAGUGAGUGGAGCUCCUCAGUUCCCUCCAAUGGGCCAGAAACCACAGAUGCCUCCAUCACCGGCUCCAGGACAGGUGCCAACAUCUCUUCCACCUGGUUAUGGCAUGCCACCUCAAAGUCAAACACCAGAUCAGAACAGGCAGUUCCAACCUCCUACUUCUAUGCAGCAAAGGCCACCAAGUGCACAACCUAGUCAACCACCUAUGGGACAACCACCUGGCAUGCAAGGACCUGGUCACAUGCCUCCUCAUUCCCAGCCUGGUCUUCCUCCUCAUUCCCAGCCUGGUUUCCCGCCUCAACCUGGUAUGGGUAGGCCAGGGAUGCCUCCCCAAGGAGGAAUGCCGCCACAAGGAGGAAUGCCACAACAAGGUGGAAUGCCACCACAAGGAGGACAGCCACCUAAACCCGGAAUGCCUCCACAGCCUCAAAUGGGCGGUCCGCCUGGUAUGCAGUCAGGUCCACAAGGAAUGCCUCCUCAGAUGAAUAUGGGUCAACAACCUGGAAUGCCACCACAAUCGAAACCACCUGGAUUGCCCGGACAGCCUAGUCAGCCUAGUCAGGCUAGUCAGCCUGGCCAGCCUGGACAGCCUGGACAAAUGCAAAGGCAGCCUGGCAUGCCUCCUCAACCAGCCAUGAUGUCCGCGCCUAUGCAACAGCCUGGCCAACAGCAACCAGGUCUUAGUCAUCAACAACCUGGAAAGAUGCCAGGGCCUCCACAACCGGGCCUACCAGGACAACAGAUGCCUCCACAACCAGGACAAAUGCAAGGUCAACAACCUGGGAUGCCUCCACAACCUGGUCAGAUGAGUCAACCAGGAAUGCCACCGCAACCUGGCCAAAUGCCUCCUCAACCUGGACAAAUGGGUCAACCUGGAAUGCCACCUCACCCUGGACAAAUGAGCCAACCUGGAAUGCCCCCGCAGCCUGGACAGUUGAGUCAACCAAGAAUGCCACCACAGCCUGGCAUGCCACCACAACCUGGCAUGCCUUCACAACCAGGUCAAAUGCCACCUCAACCUGGCCAAAUGCCACCUCAACCUGGCCAAAUGCCACCGCAACCUGGUCAAAUGCCUGGUCAGCCAGGGUUGCCUCCACAGCCUGGUUAUCAGGGUCAAUUCCAAGGGCAGGCUCAAACUAUGAGUGGUAUGCCCCACAUGCCACCACCAUUAUCACAGCAACGCCAGUAUCCUGGCCAACCUGGGUUCGGACAGCCGGGACAGCAACCUGGUGGUCAGUAUCCAAGCAUGCCUCCAGCACCGAACCAGAUGCCGCCCCAGCCGCCGAUGCCAGGUCAGCAACAGCGUGGAUUCCAGCAACCCUCGUCCGGCUACCCACCACAAUACCCUGGCCAGCAACCCUAUCCUGGUCAGCAGCCCUACCCUGGACAACAAUACCAACAACAACCUGAGCAGAAGAGGUUGGAUCCUGAUCAGAUGCCAAGCCCUAUCCAAGUGAUGGCAGAUGACCAGCAGAACCGCGGCGGUAUCUUCGUGACCAACGAGAAAGGGCUCGUCCCUCCCCUGGCCACCACCGACUUCGUUGUAGAUGAUAAAGGAAAUGCCAGUCCUCGCUACAUCAGGAGCUCAAUGUACACAGUGCCGGUGACUGCAGACCUGCUCAAACAGACAUCCAUGCCAUUCUGCUUAGUUCUGUCCCCAAUGGCAGAAACAGUAGGGUCGGAACUGGAGCCCCCCCUGCUGGACUUCGCCGCCCUGACCGGGUCCCCGACGAUGGGCCCCGUCCGCUGCAGCCGGUGCAAGGCGUACAUGUGUCCCAACAUGAAGUUCGUGGACGCCGGCAGACACUUCAAGUGUGCCUUCUGUAAGGCUACUACUGAAGUUCCGAUGGAGUACACGCAGUACAUAAACAGUAUGCAGCAGUACGGACGGGUACCGGCAGAGAUGGCGCUCGGCGCGUACGAGAUUGUCGCCACUAAGGAAUAUUGCAGGAACAACACACUCCCGAAUCCUCCAGCGAUAGUGUUCGUCAUCGACGUGUCAUACAACGCCAUCAAGAACGGUCUUGUACACACUAUUUGUGAGAACAUUAUGGAUAUUAUUGAGGCGAUGCCCAGAGACGAGCAGACAGGCAAGAGUUAUACCCGCGUGGGCUUCAUCACAUACAGCUCCACUGUACACUUCUACAAUAUCAAGGGUAGUCUAGCCCAGCCCCAGAUGCUGUCAGUGGGCGACGUGGGCGACAUGUUCGUGCCCCUGCUGGAGGGCUUCCUGCAGCGCCCCGAGGACUGCGCCCCCGUCCUGCAGGCCCUGCUGCAGCAGCUCCCCAACAUGUUCCAGGACAACAAGGAGACUGAGACCAUACUGCUGCCUGCUGUACAGGCCGGUUUAGAAGCCCUAAAAGCAGCGGAUACAUCAGGCCAGCUCCUAGUAUUCCACACAUCCCUACCAUCAUUUAACGCGCCCGGGAAACUCACCAAUCGGGAGGACCGCAAACUCCUCGGCACUGACAAGGAAAAACAGAUACUCAACCCGCAGACGACGGCGUACAACGAGCUGGGCCAGUCGUGCUGCGCGGCCGGCGUCAGCGUCGAGCUGUUCGUCUGCAACAACUCGUACGUCGACGUCGCCACGCUCGGACAACUGCCGCGUCUUACUGGGGGGCAGCUGCACAAGUACACCUACUUCACGGCGGAGAUGGACGGCCCCCGCCUAGUGUGGGACGUGCAGCGCGUGGUAUCACGCCCCACGGCGCACGACGCCGUGAUGCGCGUGCGCACGUCCACGGGCGUACGCCCCACCGACUUUUACGGACACUUCUUUAUGUCCAACACCACCGAUGUCGAACUCGCUGCCAUCGACGCGGACAAGGGUAUCGGCAUAGAGAUAAAGCACGACGACAAGCUGACGGCGGAGGAGGGCGUGUACAUCCAGGCGGCCCUCCUGUACACGGCGCGCUGCGGCCAGCGCCGCCUGCGGGUCCUCAACCUGGCGCUGGCCGUCGCCCACCAGCUCGCAGACGUCUACCGCAGCAUGGAACUCGACACCUGCAUCAACUUCCUCACCAAGCAAGCGGUAUGGGCCCUGCGCGAGCACCCCCCGCGGCAGGUCCGCGAGGCGCUGUCUGCGCGCUGCGCGCGGUCGCUGGCGGCGUACCGGCGGCACUGCGCGUCGCCGUCGUCGGCGGGGCAGCUGGUGCUGCCGGAGCCCAUGAAGCUGCUGCCGCUGUACUGCAACUGCGUGUUGCGCGGCGACGCGGUGGCGGGCGGGCCCGACCUGUCGUGCGACGACCGCGCCGCCGCCAUGUUCCGCGCGCUGGCCGCCGACGUGCCCGCCUCCGUCGUCUACACCUACCCGCGCCUGCUGCCGCUGCAUCGCCUGCAGGACCAGCCCGCCGCCGCGCUGCAGCCGCUCCGGGCCUCCGUCGACAAGAUGAACGACCACGGCGUCUAUUUACUCGAAAACGGCGUCCACAUGCUCCUAUGGGUAGGAUCGAAUGCGAACCCUGAGUUUAUCCGCGACGUAUUCGGCGUCCCGUCCCCGCAACAGAUCGACACGCAAGUAUGCGAGCUGCCCGUCCUGGACACGCGCGCCAACGCCAGCGUCCGCGAACUCAUCGAGGACACGCGCAUCAAACGACGAACCGCUAUGAGGCUGACGAUAGUGCAUCAGGCGUCAGCUGCCCCACUAGCGCGACGUCUACUGGUCGAGGACCGAGGGUUGGAUGGCUCCGACGGCUACCUGGAGUACCUCAUGUCUGUGCACAAAACUGUGCAGAAAAUGCUCUAACAACGAUGCGACAACACGACAAAUUGGAGACUGUACUGCGUCACUUCCUUGUCGAGGACCGCGGCGUAGACGGAAGCUCCUCAUACGUGGACUACCUCUGCCACAUCCACAAGGAAAUCAGAGCGUUACUAUAGCAUUUGUACGGGCAUUACUAAGCCGUGGAUACACUUUUACAUGAACUCUCAAUUUGUACCGAACUUCAAAUAGUGUUUCUUUACUGAUUAGUGCUCUUUUGGCGGCGCUAGUGUAGCUUUGAGCCUGAUCAGACUUUAAGCUACACAAGCGCCUAAGUGGCGUUAAAAUGUAAUUCAAAAAGUGUAUUAUAAAUAUAAAAUUGUUGCUGAUAAAAAUGUUGGUUAAAUUAUUAAAUAAUAGAUCUUUGACGGCAUUGCUAGUCAAAGUAUUAUUGGGGGUUUUGGACUUGGAAAUUGUCAGUUAGAGAAUGAGAUUAAUAACGUAACUGAUAAAACGCACAUUAAAGGCGUUGUUAUAAUAAAAAAGUACUUAGUUUUAUAAAGUUGUUUACAACCCUAUUCUCAAUAACAUGAAAAGACCGCUUUGAAUAUUUCCGUCUCUCUUCCGUACGAGUAGUUUUAAAUUGGAGCGAGAGAGAAAGGAUAUAUAUAAAUUCUACAAUGCGGUUUUACAGUCCCUAGAAAAAGCUAUGAAUUGUUUGUUUAAUAAAAAGCCAUAAAGUUAUGCAAGAUUAUGUUAUUUAUUGAAGACAUUAUUAUAGGGAGACUUGUAAGACCAAUGUUAAUAAAUUAGCAAUGUUAAAAUUUUUAAUUGAUUUGUUUACUACCGUCAUUUUGGUUAAAAUUCCACCUAAGACCAAGUCCAUUUAAGCAUUUUAAAU